AUGGGUAUUCUAUUGGAUAUUGUUGUUCUGAAAGAGAUUGUUCGUCGACCGAUAACAGUUGCUAUUGGAUUUGUUUGUCAAUAUGGACUAAUGCCAAUGAUUGCUUUUACAAUAACAAAAAUAUUUCGAUAUCCAUCUUUAUAUGGAUUUGGUCUAUUUGCUGUUGGUUGUUGUCCAGGCGGAUCUGCAUCGAAUCAGUUGACGGUCAUUUUCGAUGGUGAUAUAAAUUUAUCUGUAUUAAUAUCAUUUGUUUCGACUGUAACUUCAUUUUUGAUAAUGCCAAUCUGGUUUUAUACACUUGGAAAUUAUGCUUAUUUACAUGAACUUAAAAUAGUUAUUCCAUUUCAGAGUCUAAUGAAAUCGUUGGGCACUAUUGUUGUUCCAUUAUCAAUAGGUAUGAUUAUAGUUCAUUUAUUUCCAAAAAUAAAACCAUAUGUCCAUCGUAUUGUUAAACCUGUUUCAAUUGUAUUACUCUUUUACUUUUUUAUCUUUGGUACCUAUGUCAAUUUUUAUCUUUUUGCCUAUAUUGACUUACGAAUGGCCUUGACAACGCCUUUACUUCCAUGGAUUGGUUAUCUAUUAGGAGGUACUACUGCGUGGAUUUUUAGACAAGAUUGGAUACGAAUCAAAACGAUUGGUAUCGAAACAGGUAUUCAAAAUGUUGGUAUUGACUUUAUGGUUCUUCUUUAUUCUCUACCGGAACCUGAAAAUCAUCAAUCAACUGUGAUUGCAAUGAUUGUAUCUUAUAUAUCGUCACAACCAUUCUAUGUUAUUCUUCUUAUUCGACUUAUCCGAAAAAAAUGUUUCAAGAAAAAAGAAGUUCAGACUGAAAAUGCUGCCGAAGUCGAUGCCAAGUUGAAUGAUGAACUCGACAAGUCAUCUCAAUCUGCGACUGAAUCUCAUCAAGAAGUCGAUCAUCAUUCACAUGAAAUUCCAUUACCUUCUGUUGUUAGAUAA